AUGGUUGAAAAUCGCAACUACAGGCCCAGCUAUACUCACGUCCACAAAUCUGGACAGCAGGGAUGCAACCGCUGCUGGAUCAUCGCACGAGCCGUGCAAGCCAUUUUCGAGGAGCAUAAGCUGCUCGAGUCUGACAAGCAGAUCAGGAGCCUAUCCCUCGAAAGAUUUGGCGACGACGUCGAUGAGAUCUCGUGCGACUGGAAAAGAGGAAGUUUCAAGGUCCAGAUCUUUGUGGAAGACUCGGCCGCUGCCACUGUCGCUCGGCACCGUGCAUGGCUAGGUGUCAGGCGCAAUAUUACGCUGGAACGAGACGCUUGUUUGCGGUUUGCAUCCGACGCUUUGCGGACCUGUGUGCGUGAACAUUGGAGGUGCAAACCAAGCUUGGGGUACAUACCGAAGCGCCUUGUCGACGUGGGAAUCGAGGGGACCGAAACCGUCAAAGUCGUUGACGACGCUCGCUCCAGUGUCUGCAAAGGAACUCCCUAUGCAGCCUUGAGCUAUUGCUGGGGCCCUCAGUCGGAGACCAAAGGCGCAAUCUUGACCAUGACAGCACACAACCUGAAGGAGAUGUCUGAGGGGAUUCCCGUCGAUAGAAAGUUGCCCGCAGUGUUCUGGGACGCCAUCAAAACCACUCGAUCUCUUGGGAUCCGAUAUCUAUGGAUUGAUGCACUGUGUAUUGCUCAAGGAGACAAAGAAGAGUGGCAGACCGAGUCUCUAGCGAUGCGACAGAUCUAUGCCGGGGCGUAUGUUGCCAUUUCGGCAGAUGCAGCAUCCACCUGCGACAGGUCGUUCCUCGCUAUGCCCGACAGAUUAUGGAGGCGAGGUAUCGAGAUCGGCUCACGUCGAUUCGGCACCAAGAUCUAUGCGAGAUUGCUCGAUGACGGGGAUCCCAAUCGGGGCGGACCUAUAACUGGCACCUCGUCCGAAGAGGAGGAAUACAAGCUGCAUUCUCGAGGCUGGACGUUGCAAGAGCUUCUGCUCAGCCCUAGACUGGUCUAUUUCCGACGCGACCAGGUUUAUUUCAGUUGUGCAGAGGGAAAGCUGUCAAGGGAAGACGGCGAAAGCCCGGCGUGGGUGAGCCGUCACGUCAGCCUCUUGAGGUUGGACGGAUUGCGCCGGACGUGGUUGCAGGAAGCAUCAUGGCCACAAAACACCACAAGGCCUCCCUGCGCCGCCUCGAAUGACCAGCUUCUGGCCCUCUGGAAGGGCCUCUUGGUCCAAUACACCACCCGAAAGCUCUCCCAACCAGACGAUACGCUCCCGGCCAUCUCUGGUCUGGCAUCCCAGCUCAAACAGAAAUUCCACCCGCACUAUGGCUAUUGCGCCGGUCUUUGGAGGGAGGAUUUUGUGAGGGGAUUGUGCUGGAGUCACGACUACGACUAUUACGACGAUGACGACGCGGUUAGGACGCGGAUUGCGCCCAAGAAUUCUCCUUCCUGGUCGUGGGUGUCCUGUCCUGGUCGGGUGGCGCACUCGUGGGACACGAGAGGUCAACCUCUGAUUGAAUUGAUAUCUCUGAAUCGUCUUACGGAGGGGGACGACCUCAGCCACAACAACGCACCAAUUCACGAGACAAUGCAGGUUCUCGACAUUUCAUCUCAGGACCAGGAAUUUGGUCACAUUGGCUGUGUGGAGGCUACGAUAGAAGGCCCAGUGCGCGAGGCUGAACUUCGGGGCGUGAACGGUUCGAAGCAGUACAUAGAGAGCCUCGCCAACUACCCCCUUUGGCUCCAGAUGGAUCACUGGGCAGACCCAGGCGGCUGGCUGGGAAGCGCAAGGAAGGAGGCUCGGGGUGUUUGGAACCGUCACGGUGGUAAGGUCUUCCUCGUCGCCCUGAUUCGAGAUUGGCGAGAGAUCAUGCACCUUGUCUUGGUCAGGUCUGCUACAACGCCCGACAGAUACGUGAGGAUCGGAAUCUGUGAAGGCAGGGUUGAGACCCGGAGACCAGAUUUGGACAGGAACGCACUAGCAGACAAGUGGCUGGCGAGUUUUGAGCAGAGACGCAUUGUACUCAUUUGA